CACCUCGUCCUCGUCCUCGUCCUCGCGGCGUAUCUCAGCCCGGAGCAGGCGGGAGGGAUGCGCGGCCGACCCGCACACCGAGAGAGCCGCUCGACGACGGCAGGUAUCAAAGUUGUGCGAAAUGAGGGGAUUUUUCCAAAUGUUGAACAAGAAAAAGGAGCUGAUCCCGCUGAUCGGGUUCAUGGCUUUCGCGGCCACCGGCGCCGCCUCGGCGUCGAUCUACUUUCUCCUCACCAAAUCUGAUAUCAUCUUGAAUAAGACCUCCAAUCCGGAACCAUGGGAGAGAGUGGAUCCAUCCAAGCCCCAAAAGCUCGUCACCAUCAAUCAGCAGUGGCGGCCGGUGAAGGAACUGGAGUUGCUGAAGAGCCUGACCAAGUGAAAAGGGUCCGGACCUCCCCCGUGAACCCUGAACCCGCCAACCCCCCCACCCCACCCGCCAUUGCUUGAACAAACCCUUAGCGCGCAAAGCGUCAGGUGUGUAAAACGCUUCUAGCAUUUCUGUCUGCUGUGUAGCUGCGCAACCGCGAGGCCGAUGGAAGCGUGAAUAUGAAUGUAAAAUGUGACACCAGUGAAUAAUUUACUGUACUAUUUCAUGUAAUAAUAUGCUGUUAAAUGUGUUGAAAGAAAUGUUGAUUGUUUU